ACUGCGCCUUACCUGGACGUGAUUUUGAAGUUAAGAAUUUUUAGUUUUGAAGCCACCUAGCGGAAUAAAUUGAACUCAUUGCAAAUUGAUCAAUCAUGGCGGCCCGCACGAGGAUCGGGUGUGCUUUUUCGCGACUUUUGAGGCCGAAAAUACGCCAAAAUGAAUUCCGACGCAGUUUUUGUAGCAGUGAGGGCUCUUCGGCCACGCCCCCUUUGUCGCAGCCCUUGCCCGGCCUGCCUCCAGCAUUGUUUGCCACCCCCGGAGGCCUGCCGAAUGAGACACGAGUGACUCGUCUGUCCAAUGGUCUUCGGGUCGCUACCGAAGAAAAUUUUGGACAGUUCUGCACUGUGGGGGUUGUGAUUGAUGCAGGCUGUCGCUACGAAGUCGCCUAUCCCAGCGGCGUUUCGCACUUUUUGGAAAAACUGGCAUUUUCUUCGAGCUCUGAAUAUGAGGACCGUGACCACAUUAUGCAAACUUUGGAGCAACACGGAGGAAUUUGUGACUGCCAGUCGUCAAGAGAUACUUUCAUCUAUGCAGCAUCGGCAGACACAAGAGGAGUUGAUAGCGUUGUUGGUGUACUUGGGGAUACUGUUCUUAGACCCAGACUCACAGAACAAGAAAUUGAAAUAGCCAGGAUGACUGUGCAAUUCGAACUAGAAACUUUAGCAAUGCGACCUGAGCAGGAAACGAUUCUCACUGAUAUGGUGCAUGCAGCCGCAUUUCAAGACAACACCCUAGGAUUUCCAAAGAUGUGUCCAGAAUCAAAUCUGGGUCGCAUCAAUAGACAGAUCUUGCUUUCGUUUUUGUCAAGGCAUUUUGUGCCAGAGCGAAUGGUGCUGGCCGGAGUUGGUGUUCCUCAUGAGCAGCUGGUCGAGGCUGCUGAGAAGCAUUUUGUCCAAAAGCAGCCAUUGUGGACAAAGGGUCAGGGGCCUGAGGUUGACACGUCCGUAGCUCAGUGGACCGGAGGCAUUGCCCUGGAUGAGAGUCGGGUGCCCCAACACGCUGGUCCCUCGGGCCUGCCUGAACUUGCACACGUCGUUGUCGGACUUGAAGCUGUUGGCCAUCAGGACGAAGACUUUGUGGCAGUUUGUGUUUUAAAUAUGAUGAUGGGUGGCGGCGGCUCUUUCAGCGCUGGUGGACCAGGCAAGGGCAUGUACACCAGGCUCUACACCAAUGUUCUCAACAGGUACCACUGGAUGUACAAUGCAACAGCAUACAACCACGCUUAUGCAGACACUGGACUUUUCUGCAUCCAUGCAAGUGCACCUCCAAGUCAUUUACGCCAAGUUGCUGAAGUAUUAGUUAAAGAGCUGGUUGGAAUGGCAGGGUCUGUUGGAAAAAUGGAACUGGAGCGUGCCAAAACACAGUUGCAGUCAAUGUUGUUAAUGAAUCUUGAAGCUCGGCCAGUGAUUUUUGAAGACGUCGGCCGCCAAGUGUUGGCCACUGGGGAGAGGAAACGGCCAGAAUACUUCAUGAAGCAAAUUUCCAAGAUUAGUGAGACUGAUAUUGCAAGAGUAGCCAAGCGGCUUUUGAAGUCACCGCCUGCAGUAGCUGCCAGAGGUGACCUUGCAAAGAUGCCAUCGCUCUCAGACUUUCAGGCAGGACUAUUGGACGAGGCUGGAAAAAUGCCAUCAAAACUUGGCCGUGGCCUUCUCUUUAGAUAGAUAACUUAAUUAUUACAAAAUGUUAUUUCCCAGUUUCUGAGGUAAAAAUGUAUUUAAAUGUGUAUGGGAAGUUGAGUCAGAAAUAAAUAAAGUAAUUAAUGGAAAA